AUGGCUAACAAUUUCAAUUUUGUCGAAUUUAUCGGUAAUUUACCAGCAAACGUCCUUUUUGGGCCCUAUUGGGGGCAAUUGCAGAUCAUAUUCACCACAAUUUUUGUGCUUUCAUUUUCUUCCUGCGCGAUCUUCUUGCUAGUGAUCACUUUUGGCCCCUCUAAUAUCAAGUUCCACGUAACUGAGGCUUCUCUCACAAAGUUCAAACUCUCAGGCAACGACACUUUGGAUUACAAAUUAGAAGCCAACAUCACAUCAAGAAAUCCCAACAAGAACGUUGAAGUACACUAUAUGAGGACGACCGCAAUUGCAUGGUACAAAGAUAACGAGUUUGCUAGAGUGGAUCUGUCAUCUUUUGAUCAAGGCCACAAGAGUACCACUUUUCUGAAUGUAGGGUUUGAAGGGAAGAGUGUGAUCAGACUCAAGCCUAAACAGCUUUUCGAGUUUAAUGAAGAGACGCGCGUAGGGAUCUAUAAUGACUUGGCUAUUGAUCUGGAUUUUUCAAUCACGUAUAAGUUUGGAAUUCACAAGAGUUGGCCCUUCGAACCACCAAUUGUGAGAUGUCGUCGAUUGAGUGUUCCUUUGAUUUCUAAUGGUAACUCAUCAUCAGCACCUCCUUUUCAGCAUUUCAAGAUUUCAAGAUGCAGAACUGGUGCUUUCUUCGUUAAUCGAUAA